AUGGACGUAUAUGUCCAAAUCACGGGUCUGGACUCAGGGAAAACGCGCGGAGUCAAGGCGCUGCUCGAUAGUGGCUGCAGUACCUGUUGCAUCGAUACCGACUACGCACGGGCGGAGAAGUUGGAUAUUCAAGAGCUUCCACAACCCAUUGUGGCCCGUAACGCCAACAACACCGAGAACAUCAGCGGUCGGAUCACGCAUUACGUUGACCUAAGGAUGAGAAUCGGCCUCACGUGGAGACACGCACAUUCCUUCUGA